AUGCAAAAAAUAUCUCAUGACGGCGGCUCCGGUCGCCGGACGGUGGUGGUGGGAGUCAAAAUGGAUUCUCCAAGUAAAGAGCUUCUCACUUGGGCUUUAGUUAAAGUUGCUCAACCGGGUGAUCUCGUUGUUGCUCUACAUGUUCUUGGUACUCAUGAAAUUAUGAAUGGAGAUGGAAAAUCGUCGUUGCUUUCUCUUGUUAAAGCGUUUGACUCUGUUCUUAAUGUUUAUGAAGGGUUCUGUAAUUUGAAGCAGGUGGAUCUUAAGCUUAAAAUUUGCCGUGGAACAUCGGUGAAGAAAAUUUUGGUGAGAGAAGCAAAUGUUUAUUGUGCAACUCAUGUUAUUGUUGGGAGCGUUCAUGGCUUCCAUAGAAUUCGAACUUCUAGCUCUGUAGCUAAGUACUGUGCUGGAAAGAUAGGUCAUGAUUGUUGUGUUCUUGCUGUUAAUAAUGGGAAAGUUGUGUUUAAGCGCGGUAGAUUGGAAGAAUCAAGUGUUGUUGAUGUACAAGGGUUUGAUUGUCAUCGCGGAGAUGGUUUGCUUGGUUCGAUUCGAUCGACACUCGGUAGUAAUACGAAAGUAUCAAAUGAUGAUGCUGGUAAGGGAACCAAACGGGUUUCAGAUCAUAGUUUAGGUAAGAUUUUACUUGAUUCUACAGAGAAAAUAAGAGAUCGGAGUUGUUCGAUUUGCGGUGCAAUUGAAGAUACUUCUUGUGAUCAAUGUGGAGAAGAGCCUUCGAGAGAAUCUGAAGGCUAUUCUUCUCGUGAUGGUAACAAUGAGAGUUCUUUGGCAAUAGUGCCUGUUCUGACCACUGAUGCGGGACAACCGGAAUUGAAACCCGGUUGGCCGCUACUUCACCGGAAGAUCUUAUCAGAAAGACAAUUACCUGUGAAACCAUUCAAGCGCAACCAGACCUCUGUCGUCCAAUGGGCAAUGAGCUUGCCGAAUAGAAGUGUAUCGAAUGGUGGUGUUGAUCAUGAUAAACAGGUUAGCAUUUUUGAUCAAGGUGAUAAAUCGGCGGCAUUAAAUAGUGAAAGCGGCGCUCUUGUUCCCGUAGAUUCGGUAAUAGGGAAAGCAUAUUCAUUACCUGAAUGCAGUUUAAAAAUCAUUCCUAAAGAAUUGGAGGGCCUUACUGAGAAAUACUCAUCAACUUGUAGAUUGUUCGAGUACCAAGAACUUGUAACGGCAACAUCAAAUUUUUUACCUGAAAACUUGAUCGGUAAAGGAGGAAGUAGUUUGGUUUAUCGAGGCUGCCUUUGCGAUGGCAAGGAACUUGCUGUCAAGAUCUUAAAGCCUUCUUAUGAUGUUUUGAAAGAGUUUCUUUUGGAAAUCGAAAUCAUAACUACAUUGCAUCACAAAAACAUUAUUACACUCCUUGGAUUCUGCUUCGAAAACGGAAAGCUUCUUCUUGUCUACGAUUUCUUAUCACGAGGAAGCCUUGAAGAGAACAUUCACGGUACUAAGAAAAACCCUCGCGAGUUCGGUUGGGCACAGAGAUAUAAGGUUGCUGCAGGUGUUGCCGAGGCUUUAGAUUACCUGCAUUGUAAAAAUGAUCAUCCUGUGAUCCAUCGGGAUGUAAAAUCCUCUAAUGUAUUACUAUCUGAAGAUUUUGAACCGCGGUUAUCUGAUUUUGGAUUGGCUACGUGGGCGUCAACCUCAUCGUCAUCAUAUAUAACGUGCACGGAUGUUGCCGGAACAUUCGGUUAUAUGGCUCCUGAAUACUUCAUGUACGGGAAAGUAAGCGAUAAGAUCGAUGUGUAUGCAUUUGGUGUCGUGCUUCUUGAACUUCUUUCCGGGAGAAAGCCCAUAAGUGUCGAUUAUCCAAAAGGUCAACAGAAUCUUGUUAUGUGGGCAACUCCACUUCUAACUGAUGGAAAAGUGUCAGAAUUGUUAGAUCCUAGUUUGGGUGAUAAGUAUGAUGAUGAGGAGAUGGAAAGGAUGGUUUUAGCAGCCACUCUUUGCAUCAAACGUGCUCCAAAAGCUAGGCCUGAAAUGAGCAUUGUAUCAAAGCUCCUUCAUGGAGAUACUGAUGCAGUCAAGUGGGCAAAGUUAGAAGUCAAUGCUUUGGAAGCGCGCGAAAAGCUCGAAGACGAAGAAUGUCCACCUAGUAAUCUACUAAAGUCACAUAUUAAUCUUGCACUGCUUGAUGUGGAAGAUGACUCACUCUCCAUGUCUAGUGUUGAGCAAAGUGUGUCAUUAGAGGAAUACUUGAGAGGAAGAUGGAGUAGAGCAUCAAGUUUUGACUGA